AAAGGGUGUGUGUGUGUGUGUGUGUGAGAGAGAGAGAGAGAGAGAGAGAGAGAGAGAGAGCUGAGAAGUUUACCAAGCAAUGCUAGAGAGAAGACAACCCUCCCUUCUACAAAGGUUCUCCAUUUUGCUAAUAUUAUGUAGUAUAGUUGCUACUCCAGAAGCUGCAAAGCUUUCGCCAUCGCCUGAUGCUACAGCUCUUCUGGGUUUUCAGUAUAAAGCAGAUUUGAGAAACCAUCUUGGCUUCUCUCAAAAUGCAAGCUCUCACUUUUGUGAUUGGCAAGGAGUCACAUGUUACCAGCAAAAAGUGGUACGUCUCAUUAUAGAAGAUCUAGAUCUUGGUGGCAUUUUUGCUCCCAACACAUUGUCCCACCUUGACCAGCUACGAGUCUUGAGUCUCCAAAACGACUCCCUCACCGGUCCAAUUCCUGAUCUCUCAGGCCUUAUCAACCUCAAAACCCUCUUCCUUGAUCGUAACUUCUUCACAGGUUCCUUCCCUCGUUCAAUUCUUUCCCUUCACAGAAUUAGAACCCUUGAUCUGUCCUACAACAAUCUCAGUGACCCUAUACCAAGCUCGUUAGCUUCUCUAGACCGGUUAUAUUACCUAAGGCUAGACUCGAACCGGUUUAACGGAACGAUUCCUUCAUUGAACCAGUCUUCCCUUAAAACCUUUAACAUUUCAGGGAACAAUCUUACUGGUGCAAUUCCAGUGACACCAACAUUGCUACGAUUUGGUUUCUCAUCUUUUUCAUGGAAUCCUGGUCUUUGCGGAGAGAUUAUUCACAAAGAAUGUCAUCCAAGGCCCCACUUUUUUGGUCCCACAGCUGCUGUGGUGGGGCCGCCGCCUACGGUGACUCUUGGUCAAAGUGCAGAAGUUCAUGGAGUGGAGUUGGCUCAACCAAGUUCAAAGAAGCACAAGAGAACUGCGGUUAUUAUAGGGUUUUCUACUGGGUUCUUUGUUCUCGUUGGUUCACUUCUCUGCUUUGUUAUGGCGUUAAGGAAACAGAAAGACAAAAAGCAAUCGACGGCUGAAACUGAAUCUGAUGAUGCGGCGGCUACAGCACAAGCUGCGGCGGUGAUUCAAAUGGAGCAAGAGAACGAGUUAGAAGAGAAAGUGAAGAGAGUGCAAGGAAUGCAAGAUUCCAAGAGUGGGAACUUGACAUUCUGUGCGGGUGAGGCGCAUUUGUAUACGCUGGACCAGCUGAUGAGAGCGUCAGCUGAGUUGCUUGGGAGGGGAACCAUGGGAACCACGUAUAAGGCAGUGCUUGAUAAUCGUCUGAUCGUGACGGUCAAGAGGCUUGAUGCUGGGAAAUUAGCAGGCACAACAAAAGAAACAUUUGAGCAGCACAUGGAAUCAGUUGGUGGUUUAAAGCAUCCCAAUUUGGUGCCUCUCAGGGCUUAUUUCCAGGCCAAAGAAGAGAGGCUUCUUAUCUAUGAUUAUCAACCCAAUGGCAGUCUUUUCUCCCUCAUUCACGGAUCGAAAUCAACAAGGGCUAAGCCACUCCACUGGACCUCGUGCUUGAAAAUAGCAGAGGACGUAGCACAAGGACUCUCCUACAUCCACCAAGCAUGGAGGCUUGUCCAUGGCAAUCUCAAGUCCUCUAACGUCCUUCUUGGCCCAGACUUUGAAGCGUGUAUAUCCGACUACUGCCUGGCAGCCAUCGUCACUUCCGCACCUGAACACGACCCCGAUACUAUAGCGUGUAAACCUCCAGAAACUCGCAAUUCAAAUCACCAGACAACAUCUAAAUCCGAUGUCUAUGCAUUUGGGGUUUUGUUGUUAGAGCUUCUGACAGGAAAACCUCCUUCUCAUCACCCGUUUUUUGCACCAGAUGAGAUGAUGCAUUGGCUUAGGUCUAGUAGGGAAGAUGAUGGAGGGGAUGAUGAGAGGCUAGGGAUGCUUCUUGAAGUGGCCAUUGCUUGUAGUUUGAGCUCUCCUGAACAAAGGCCCACAAUGUGGCAAGUAUUGAAGAUGUUGCAGGGGAUUAAAGAAGCUGUGUCAACGGAAGAUGGUGAAUUGGACCCACAUUCUGGGAUAUCUUAAUGAAUUUGUGGUGUUAGUAUAUGAUUGUAGGAUGAUAGUUUGAAUAUCUUAUGCAUAGAGAAAAAUAUAUAUUUAUACUGCAUGAUAUAACAAAUGCAAUUGCAGCUGUUGCCACCUUUUCCCGCUCUUUUCGGACAUUAUUUAUGUUGUUUCGUAUUCUUGGCCCCAACAAAAACUUCCUGUGCCUUGAUGUCCACGUUUCUUCUCUGCCAAUAUACAAGAACUUUAUAUCACGAUACCAAGUUGCAGCUGAUGUUAAUGGCUUAUGACUGGUCAUCAUAGUCAAAAUUUUCAAUUUAAUGUUAGUAGUUCACCGGGUGUAUAGUUCUAUACCUCACUGUGACUGCCUCCGCCAAUUCGUUUUCAAGCUAGGCUGCCUGGUGGUGCCCAUUGUCAAAGCUUAAAACUCCAAUUAUUCCGCUUUCCGUUGAGUUUUAAAAAUAGGAUAGCCCAACUCAGGCCUACGACUGAGC